CCUUGGGCUCGAUAACAGAACCGCUCUUGAUUGGCUGCUUUCGGAACGCUCCAGCGUGCUGGUGCCUGCGCGGGGCGACUCGGGCGGUAGUGGCAAUGUCUAGCCGGUCCAAGAGGGAGUCUCGUAGUGCUGCCCGCGGGAAACGCGAGUCGGAGUCGCGGGGCAGUUCGAAUCGCGUCAAGCGCGAGCGGGAGCGGGAGCCUGAGGCGGCGAGCUCCCGAAACAGCCCGGUGCGCGUGAAGCGGGAAGCAGAGCCCGCGGGCGCUCGCGAGGCCCCGGUGCCCGCCUUCCCGGUGGUGCGGGUGAAGCGGGAGCGCGAGGCCGAUGAGGACUCCGAGCCUGAGCGGGAGGUGCGAGCCAAGAAUGGCCGUGUGGAUUCUGAGGACCGGAGGAGCCGCCACUGCCCAUAUCUGGAUACCAUUAACAGGAGUGUGCUAGACUUUGACUUUGAAAAACUGUGUUCCAUCUCCCUCUCCCAUAUUAAUGCAUAUGCCUGUCUGGUGUGUGGCAAGUACUUUCAGGGCCGGGGCUUGAAGUCUCAUGCUUACAUUCACAGUGUCCAGUUCAGCCACCAUGUCUUCCUCAACCUCCACACCCUCAAAUUUUACUGCCUCCCAGACAACUAUGAGAUCAUCGAUUCCUCACUGGAGGAUAUCACGUAUGUGUUGAAGCCUACUUUCACAAAACAGCAAAUUACAAACUUGGACAAGCAAGCCAAAUUGUCCCGGGCAUAUGAUGGUACCACUUACCUGCCAGGUAUCGUGGGACUGAAUAACAUAAAGGCCAACGACUAUGCCAACGCUGUUCUUCAGGCUCUGUCUAACGUUCCUCCUCUCCGGAACUACUUCCUGGAAGAAGACAAUUAUAAGAACAUCAAGCGCCCUCCUGGAGAUAUCAUGUUCCUGUUGGUACAGCGUUUUGGAGAGCUGAUGAGAAAGCUUUGGAACCCUCGGAAUUUUAAGGCACAUGUCUCUCCCCAUGAAAUGCUUCAGGCUGUAGUCCUAUGCAGCAAGAAGACUUUUCAGAUCACCAAGCAAGGGGAUGGAGUCGACUUUCUGUCCUGGUUUCUGAAUGCCCUGCACUCAGCUCUGGGGGGCACAAAGAAGAAAAAGAAGACGAUUGUGACCGAUGUUUUCCAGGGGUCCAUGAGGAUCUUCACUAAAAAGCUCCCCCAUCCUGAUCUGCCAGCAGAAGAGAAAGAGCAGCUACUUCAUAAUGACGAGUACCAGGAGACGAUGGUAGAGUCCACCUUCAUGUACCUCACCCUGGACCUCCCUACUGCCCCCCUCUAUAAGGACGAGAAGGAGCAGCUCAUCAUCCCCCAGGUCCCCCUCUUCAACAUCCUGGCCAAGUUCAAUGGCAUCACUGAGAAGGAGUAUAAGACUUACAAGGAGAACUUCCUGAAGCGCUUCCAGCUCACCAAGCUGCCUCCAUAUCUAAUCUUUUGUAUUAAGAGAUUCACUAAGAACAACUUCUUUGUGGAGAAGAAUCCAACCAUUGUUAACUUCCCUAUUACAAAUGUGGAUCUGAGAGAAUACUUAUCUGAAGAAGUGCAAGCAGUCCACAAGAAUACCACCUAUGACCUCAUUGCAAACAUUGUACACGACGGCAAGCCCUCAGAGGGCUCCUACCGGAUCCACGUGCUUCAUCAUGGGACAGGCAAAUGGUAUGAAUUACAAGACCUCCAGGUGACUGACAUCCUUCCUCAGAUGAUCACGCUGUCAGAGGCAUACAUUCAGAUUUGGAAGAGGCGAGAUAAUGAUGAAACCAACCAACAGGGGGCUUGAAGGCUGAGUCUAGGUGUUUGCUC